AUGCUCCAAAAACCCUCCAAAAACUCUCGGCUCGCCGAGCACACAAUGUCUCAUCUGAAAACCUGGAAUAUUCUGGUCAAAACGUUUCAUAUUCCAGAAGAAAAUCUGAAAUUUUUUGAAAAUUCUGAUUCUGAUUUUUUCCCAUUUCUCCCUUACUCAAUGAACAAGAAACGCAGAUGGGAAGUGGAUUUUUUGGAGGAUUUGGCGGGAAUUCAAAAAUCUGAAAAUUUCGAAAUUUUGUUUUUGGAGAGAACCCGAAAAGGAGCUUACGAUUGGCCAAAAUAUUUGGAAUCCACAAUGUCAGAACAAUUCAGAAUUCGAGUGGUCCAUAGAAUUUCUAGAAAUCCAAAUUUUGAAAUUUAUGAAAAACAAGAAAUCAAUUCAAUUUUUGGACAGGAUUUCAAAAAUUUUGAAGCUUCAAAAUCGGAAAAUUCUGGAAUUAUCGCCUAUAAUUUUAUUAAAUCUCCGGAAAAUUCCAUGAAAAUUUUCGGGAAAAAAUGUAUAAGUGAAAAGGACAAUUCUUGGCCAUACACUUCUGGAUGGAUUCGUGUGAGAAGGCAGAAAAAUCUGAAAAAGGAAUUGAAGCGCUUUGAAAUUUUUGAGGAGAAUUCUGAAGAAAAUUCAGAAUUUUUGGAAAAUUUAGAACCACAAAAGCCGAAAAAUCAAAAAUU